AUGUUUGCGUCAUUGAAAGAUAGUGCCGACAUUUUCAUCGACGAAAAAAUCGAAUUGAUUCAAAAGUUUACUGUUCUUAUGUACGGAAUAAAAAACUAAAAUGCAGUAAUCGAAUCCGAAUCAUCAGUAUGUGACGAACCGUUUGCAGUAUCAGAAGAUUCUUGUGACGACCCAGGAACUGAAAAAGAUACCGAGUGUUCAAAAGUAUGUAUUUUUUGCAAUUCAAACCGCAAAAGGCAUACAGGUCGAUGGCAAAAUUUACAUAGUUUCUGUGCACAAGAUACCGGUGAAAAUAUAAAGUCUCGGGCGACAGAAAUGAAUGACAUGGGUUUAUUAACAAAAAUUGAAAACUUAUCAUCACAAGGAUGUCCAAUUUUAUACCAUCGCAUAUGUCUCGUACAGUUCCAAAAUAAAUUCCAGUCGUAUAUUGCUUCAGAAAAGGAAAAAACUGAUUGGCACAUGAAACGUGAUACAGUAAGUGCUGCAUUCGAUAAGAUUUGUUCAUUCGUCUACGAAAAUAUCAUUCGGAAUAAGCACAGUUAUUAUUUAGAUUUUUUGCGAACGUUGUACGCUGAAUAUCUCAGUGAGGAAGUCAGAGAUAGUAAAAUUUCGCCCAAUACUUUCUCUACCCGCUAUUUAGAAGAGAGAUUGCUGAAAACAUACCCUAAAGGCAUAUCGGUUAUACAAAACAACAGAAGAAAAAUAGUUAAACCAUAUACAGGCGUUGUGUUGAAAGAUUCAGAUUUUUCCCUUAUGCAAGACGAAGAAAUUGUACAAAAAGCAGCAGUUAUCCUACGUAGAUCCAUCCGAGAGUUGGAAAAAAAAUCGAUACCAGAAAAAAUAUCGGUCUCUGAUUUGAUAAACGGAGAAUGUAAAGUUCCUACUAUUUUGUCAGAGUUCUACAACAUUAUGCUUAGCGGCGGUGAAUAUCGUCGAAAAAAAAGUCCUCAAUGCCAAAGACUGUCGAAAUCGUUUUCGGAAGAUGUUAUUCAUGCCGUUUGGAAUGGAAAAAUGAUGCCUUCAAAACACAUCGUAUUAGGUCUGACCCUUAAAGGCUUAACUAACAGUGAAAAAAUAAUUACCAUUUUGAAUAGAUACGGCCAUUGCUCCAGUUACACUACGUUGCAGGAAUUAGAAACUGACGCCACUUUCUCAUCCAGUAAUCAAUUAGAUAUUUGUCCCGAAGAUAUAAUAAGAGCACCAAAUUUAUGUACAGGAUUAGCAUUCGAUAACUUCCAUAGAUUUGUUGACACUGCUUCUGGCAAGGAUACUCUUCAUGAUACUGUUGGGAUCAUUUUUCAAAAUAUUGUUGAUAAUAUCGAUGAUAAGGUUGUUCUAGAAACCUUGAAGCAAUGCCAAAAGGCUGCUGAAGAAUGUGGCGAGAGAUAUAUGCAAGUGACCUAUGAUUUAGGCAUAGCAAAUAAGGCGCUUAAGAUUCAAAGUGACAAAAGACCUCUUUUCGAUAAUCUCUUCAUACACAUUGGUCCGUUUCAUAUAAUGAUGGCGUAUUUCAAGGCGAUUGGUAAAUACAUCGAUAAUUGUGGCUUAACAAAUAUUAUGGUCGAUACUGAACUGCUUCAUCCGCUUGCUGCUUUAGCGAUUCAAAUAAUGCAUUAUGAAAGCUUUGUGAAAUUAACAAAUCUCGAAAUCCCUGAAGAAACGAGACAGUAUCUUGAAGACUUAAAAAUUGAACGGCAUGACAAUCCGGAGAUUAACAAUCAACAUUUAUUAGAAAUAUUAAAGACGUUUGAAGAAUAUGAGACAAGUACACUUGCUGGAGAGUAUGGGAAAACUCCACAAUUCUACUUGAUAUACUCAAAUUUGGUUCAUUACUAUCUACUGUUAAAUAGAAGCAUUCGAAUUGCAGACUUGGAGCUAUUCAAAUUUGUACUUCCGAAGAUAACAAAUCUUUUUUUCACUUUUAACCAACAGAAUUAUUCGAGAUAUUUGGUGAAAUAUUGUGACAAUCUCCAAAAAGUGGACGAAACUCAUCCCGGAUUGAAAGAGCAGUUUGAAAAAGGAUCCAUUGGAAUUAGAAGGACGAGCAAACCUUUCUCUCGACAACCUAUUGAUCUAGUGCUGGAACAAACAAUCAAUGCCGACGCUGCAAAUAAAUUAACAGGCAUCAUUCAAUCAACAAAUUCUAUUUCAGCUCGGCAGAGGUGGUGUAAAAGCCAUAGCAUACGAGCGAGAAUAAUUACGCAUGUAAUGGAAAUGACUGGAUUGAGAAAUCGACAGGAUAUUACAGCAGAUUUGCGGAAGAGUUCUAUUGACAAAAGUACCGACCAAUUAAAAAAAUUAAUUGCAAAUAUAAGGCAAAACAUGAAUCCUUUUUCAAGCACUCUAGAUGGAAACUACUUAUAUAACAUUUCAAGUGGAAAGGCAGCGAAAGCAGAUGCUGCGGAAUUCCUUCUCAACGUUGAGAAAAUAGGAAACGAACAGCGCGAAAAAUUUAUUAAUGAGUGUGCCGAAGAUGGUAAACGAUUUGAGAGUGUUAUAAAACGAAAUAAAGUCUAUAGUUUCACCGAAUCACAAAAAAAGAAAAUUAAUGUUUCUGGAAAAGUUGUAGAGGUCCCGAAGAAAAAGCCCCCAAAUUUAGAAAUGGAAUCUAGAGGAAAACGCAGAGGAAAUCGGGGGCGAGCACGAGGUAAUGUCUCUCAAAAAGAUGUUUCUACUCCAGGACAACCUCAUCCACCUCAAAGAGCACCGUCACAAGGUGCGUCGGAAGGCAGGCCAGCAGUGCCCUGCCACGAAAACAAACAAGCAAUUUAUAUUUUUAAAUAUAAAUUAACGCUCAAAGUUAUUGGAAAGAGUUGUGAGUUCAAAGUAAAGAAAAAGCCUCCAAAUUUAGAAAUGGAAUCUAGAGGAAAAGGCAGAGGAAAUCAGGGGCGAGCACGAGGUGAUGUAUUUCAAAAAGAUGUUUCAGCUCCAGGACAACCUCAUCCACCUCAGAGAAAAUCGCCACAAGUAAUUGGAAAGAGUUGUGAGUUCAAAGUGAAGAAAAAGCCUCCAAAUUUAGAAAUCGAAUCCAGAGGAAAAGGCAGAGGAAAGCGGGGGCGAGCACGAAGUAAUGUCUUUCAAAAAGAUGUUUCAGCUCCAGGACAACCUCAUCCACCUCAAAGAGCACCGCCACAAGGUGCGUGGGAAGGCAGGCCAGCAGUGUCCUGCCACGAAAACAAACAUGCAAUUUAUAUCUUUAAAUAUAAAUUAACGCUCAAAGUUAUUGGAAAGAGUUGUGAGUUCAAAGUGAAGGAAAAGCCUCCAAAUUUAGAAAUGGAAUCUAGAGGAAAAGGCAGAGGAAAUGGGGGGCGAGCACGAGGUAAUGUCUUUCAAAAAGAUGUUUCAGCUCCAGGACAACCUCAUCCACUUCAAAGAGCACCGCACAAGAGUUAUGAGUUCAAAGCGAAGAAAAAGCCCCCAAAUUUAGAAAUGGAAUCUAGAGGAAAACGCAGAGGAAAUCGGGGGCGAGCACGAGGUAAUGUCUCUCAAAAAGAUAUUUCAGCUCCAGGACUACCUCAUCCACCUCAAAGACCACCGCCACAAGGUGCGUGGGAAGACAGGCCAGCAGUGUCCUGCCACGAAAACAAACAAGCAAUUUAUAUUUUUAAAUAUAAAUUAACGCUCAAAGUUAUUGGAAAGAGUUGUGAGUUCAAAGUGAAGGAAAAGCCUCCAAAUUUAGAAAUGGAAUCUAGAGGAAAAGGCAGAGGAAAUGGGGGGCGAGCACGAGGUAAUGUCUUUCAAAAAGAUGUUUCAGCUCCAGGACAACCUCAUCCACUUCAAAGAGCACCGCACAAGAGUUAUGAGUUCAAAGCGAAGAAAAAGCCCCCAAAUUUAGAAAUGGAAUCUAGAGGAAAAGGCAGAGGAAAUCGGGGGCGAGCGCGAGGUAAUGUCUCUCAAAAAGAUGUUUCAGCUCCAAGACAACCUCAUCCACCUCAGAGAAAAUCGCCACAAGGUGCGCGGAAAGGCAGGCCAGCAGUGUCCUGCCACGAAAACAAACAAGCAAUUUAUAUUUUUAAAUAUAAAUUAACGCUCAAAGUAAUUGGAAAGAGUUGUGAGUUCAAAGUGAAGAAAAAGCCUCCAAAUUUAGAAAUGGAAUCCAGAGGAAAAGGCAGAGGAAAGCGGGGGCGAGCACGAAGUAAUGUCUUUCAAAAAGAUGUUUCAGCUCCAGGACAACCUCAUCCACCUCAAAGAGCACCGCCACAAGGUGCGUGGGAAGGCAGGCCAGCAGUGUCCUGCCACGAAAACAAACAAGCAAUUUAUAUUUUUAAAUAUAAAUUAACGCUCAAAGUUAUUGGAAAGAGUUGUGAGUUCAAAGUGAAGGAAAAGCCUCCAAAUUUAGAAAUGGAAUCUAGAGGAAAAGGCAGAGGAAAUGGGGGGCGAGCACGAGGUAAUGUCUUUCAAAAAGAUGUUUCAGCUCCAGGACAACCUCAUCCACUUCAAAGAGCACCGCACAAGUUAUUGGAAAGAGUUAAUGAGUUCAAAGCGAAGAAAAAGCCCCCAAAUUUAGAAAUGGAAUCUAGAGGAAAAAACAGAGGAAAUCGGGGGCAAGCACGAGGUAAUGUCUCUCAAAAAGAUAUUUCAGCUCCAGGACAACCUCAUCCACCUCAAAGACCACCGCCACAAGGUGCGUGGGAAGACAGGCCAGCAGUGUCCUGCCACGAAAACAAACAAGCAAUUUAUAUUUUUAAAUAUAAAUUAACGCUCAAAGUUAUUGGAAAGAGUUGUGAGUUCAAAGUGAAGAAAAAGCCUCCAAAUUUAGAAAUGGAAUCUAGAGGAAAGGCAGAGGAAAUCGGGGGCGAGCACGAGAGUUGUGAGUUCAAAGUGAAGAAAAAGCUUCCAAAUUUAGAAAUGGAAUCUAGAGGAAAAGGCAGAGGAAAUCGGAGGCGAGCACGAGGUAACGUCUCUCAAAAAGAUGUUUCAGCUCCAGGACAACCUCAUCCACCUCAAAGAGCACCGCCACAAGUUAUUGGAAAGAGUUGUGAGUUCAAAGUGAAGGAAAAGCCUCCAAAUUUAGAAAUGGAAUCUAGAGGAAAAGGCAGAGGAAAUCGGGGGCGAGCACGAGGUAAUGUCUCUCAAAAAGAUGUUUCAGCUCCAGGACAACCUCAUCCACCUCAGAGAAAAUCGCCACAAGGUGCGCGGAAAGGCAGGCCAGCAGUGUCCUGCCACGAAAACAAACAAGUGAUUUAUAUUUUUAAAUACAAAUUAACGCUCAAAGUAAUUGGAAAGAGUUGUGAGUUCAAAGUGAAGAAAAAGCCUCCAAAUUUAGAAAUGGAAUCUAGAGGAAAAGGCAGAGGAAAUCGGGGGAGAGCACGAGGUAAUGUCUCUCAAAAAGAUGUUUCAGCUCCAGGACAACCUCAUCCACCUAAAAGAGCACCGCCACAAGGUGCGUCGGAAGGCAGGCCAGCAGUGCCCUGCCACGAAAACAAACAAGCAAUUUAUAUUUUUAAAUAUAAAUUAACGCUCAAAGUUAUUGGAAAGAGUUGUGAGUUCAAAGUGAAGAAUAAGCCUGCAAAUUUAGAAAUGGAAUCUAGAGGAAAAGGCAGAGGAUAUCGGGGGCGAGCACGAGACAGUUUGAAAAAAUUUAUCGAAAACUGGGCUGACGAAGAGCCUUUGCCUGAAAUUAAUCCAAUGGACCCGAAUUUAAGAGACAAAUUGAGGGACGAUGCUCCUGGUACUGUUUACAUGAUCAAUCCAAAUGAUCUGCAAUAUUUUGAAAAUAAUGGUAUGACAAUUAUUGUGACAUCUGAUAAUGGCGGAUUCCAUUUGUCAUCCGAAAACUACCAAAACUUACUAAAAAACGGUCUAGUUGAUAACACAGCCAUAGUCCGAAUAAUAGAAUCUAACAAGGACAAUCCCAGUGACAACCAAGACCGUGUGAUCAACCAACAAAAGAUCGACUUCUGA